AGCUGCAUCCUUUACCGGUUGAGAUGUGAUCCUGAAUUGAUCCACGGCGAAAACAUCGGCCGCAUGGAGUGCGCCGUGUUGGAAGAUCAGAUAAUUAGGCGUCGCUCAAAACUACAAGAAGCUUUUUCACAAGUAUACCCACGAGCGAUCCAAGCACAUGUAGGCUUUAGAAACAGACAGAUCAUUGCCACUCUAGUAGCAGUAGCC